AGCUCGCCGCGGACCCAAGAUGGCGGCGUGUGGACGUGUACGGAGGAUGUUCCGCUUGUCGGCGGCGCUGCAGUUGCUGCUGCUCGCGGCGGCCGGGGCCCAGAAACUCCCGGGCCAGGGCAGCCACAGUCAGGGCCAGGGUCCGGGGGCCAACUUUGUGCCCUUCGUAGGGCCGGCUGGAGGUGGCGGGCCGGCAGGUCAGCAGCUGAUCCAGCUGCCUCACUCAUCUCAGCUCCAGCAGCAGCAGCAACAGCAGCAGCAACAACCGCCCCAGCAGCCGCAGCCGCCUUUCCCGGCGGGUGGGCCUCCGGCCCGGCGAGGCGGAGCGGGGCCCGGCGGGGCUGGCGGGGGUUGGAAGCUGGCAGAGGAAGAGUCCUGCAGGGAGGACGUGACCCGUGUGUGCUCCAAGCACACCUGGAGCAACAACCUGGCGGUGCUCGAGUGCCUGCAGGAUGUGAGGGAGCCUGAAAAUGAAAUUUCUUCAGACUGUAAUCAUUUGUUGUGGAAUUAUAAGCUGAAUCUAACUACAGAUCCCAAAUUUGAAUCAGUGGCCAGAGAGGUUUGCAAAUCUACCAUUUCAGAGAUUAAAGAAUGUGCUGAUGAACCAGUAGGAAAAGGUUACUUGGUUUCCUGCCUGGUGGAUCACCGAGGCAACAUCACUGAGUACCAGUGUCACCAAUACAUCACCAAGAUGACGGCCAUCAUUUUCAGUGAUUACCGUCUAAUCUGUGGCUUCAUGGAUGACUGCAAAAAUGACAUCAACAUUCUGAAAUGUGGCAGCAUUCGGCUUGGAGAAAAGGAUGCACAUUCACAAGGUGAGGUGGUAUCUUGCUUGGAAAAAGGCCUGGUGAAGGAAGCAGAAGAGAGAGAUCCCAAGAUUCAAGUCUCUGAACUGUGCAAGAAAGCCAUUCUCCGCGUGGCUGAGCUGUCCUCAGAUGACUUUCAUUUAGACCGGCAUUUAUAUUUUGCCUGUCGAGAUGAUCGGGAGCGUUUUUGUGAAAAUACGCAGGCUGGUGAAGGCAGAGUGUAUAAGUGUCUCUUCAAUCAUAAAUUUGAAGAAUCCAUGAGUGAAAAGUGUCGAGAAGCACUAACAACCCGCCAAAAGCUGAUUGCCCAAGAUUAUAAGGUCAGUUAUUCAUUGGCCAAAUCCUGUAAGAGUGACUUGAAAAAAUACCGGUGCAAUGUGGAAAACCUUCCCCGGUCCCGGGAAGCCAGGCUCUCCUACCUCCUGAUGUGUCUGGAAUCGGCUGUGCAUAGAGGCCGACAAGUGAGCAGUGAGUGCCAGGGGGAGAUGUUAGAUUACCGACGCAUGCUGAUGGAAGAUUUUUCCUUGAGCCCUGAGAUCAUCCUGAGCUGUCGAGGGGAGAUUGAACACCACUGUUCUGGAUUACAUCGAAAAGGGCGAACCCUGCAUUGUCUAAUGAAAGUAGUUCGGGGGGAGAAAGGGAACCUUGGAAUGAACUGCCAGCAGGCGCUUCAAACGCUGAUUCAGGAGACUGACCCUGGUGCAGAUUACCGCAUUGAUAGAGCUUUGAAUGAAGCUUGUGAAUCUGUAAUACAGACAGCCUGCAAACACAUAAGAUCGGGAGACCCAAUGAUCCUAUCGUGCCUGAUGGAACAUUUAUACACGGAGAAGAUGGUGGAAGACUGUGAACACCGUCUGUUAGAGCUACAGUAUUUCAUCUCCCGAGAUUGGAAGCUGGACCCUGUCUUAUACCGCAAGUGCCAGGGGGAUGCAUCUCGUCUUUGCCACACCCACGGUUGGAAUGAAACCAGUGAAGCUAUACCUACCGGAGCUGUGUUCUCUUGCUUAUACAGACAUGCCUACCGCACUGAGGAACAGGGCAGGAGGCUGUCGCGGGAGUGCCGGGCUGAAGUCCAGAGGAUCCUGCACCAGCGUGCCAUGGAUGUGAAGCUGGACCCUGCCCUCCAGGAUAAGUGCCUGAUCGAUCUGGGGAAAUGGUGCAGUGAAAAAACAGAGACCGGACAGGAGCUUGAGUGCCUCCAGGACCAUCUGGAUGACUUGGCUGUAGAGUGCAGAGAUAUAGUCAGCAACCUCACCGAGUUAGAAUCUGAGGAUAUUCAAAUAGAAGCCUUGCUGAUGAGAGCCUGUGAACCCAUAAUUCAGAACUUUUGCCACGAUGUGGCAGAUAACCAGAUAGACUCUGGGGACCUGAUGGAGUGUCUGAUACAGAACAAACACCAGAAGGACAUGAAUGAGAAGUGCGCCAUUGGAGUCACCCACUUCCAGCUGGUGCAGAUGAAGGAUUUUCGGUUCUCUUACAAGUUUAAAAUGGCCUGCAAGGAGGACGUGUUGAAACUUUGCCCCAACAUAAAGAAGAAAGUGGACGUGGUGAUCUGUCUGAGUACUACCGUGCGCAACGACACUCUACAGGAAGCCAAGGAGCACAGGGUGUCCCUCAAGUGCCGCAAGCAGCUGCGGGUGGAGGAGCUGGAGAUGACAGAAGACAUCCGUCUGGAACCAGAUCUGUAUGAGGCCUGCAAGAGUGACAUCAAGAAUUACUGUUCCACGGUGCAAUAUGGCAAUGCCCAGAUUAUUGAAUGUCUGAAAGAAAACAAGAAGCAGCUAAGUACCCGUUGCCACCAGAAAGUUUUUAAGCUGCAGGAGACAGAGAUGAUGGAUCCAGAACUGGAUUAUACGCUCAUGAGAGUCUGCAAGCAGAUGAUAAAGAGGUUCUGUCCAGAAGCAGAUUCCAAAACCAUGCUGCAGUGCUUGAAGCAAAAUAAAAACAGUGAAUUGAUGGAUCCCAAAUGCAAACAGAUGAUAACCAAGCGCCAGAUCACCCAGAACACAGAUUACCGCUUAAACCCUGUGCUGAGGAAAGCCUGUAAAGCUGACAUUCCUAAAUUCUGUCACGGAAUCCUGACUAAGGCCAAGGAUGAUUCGGAGCUAGAAGGUCAAGUCAUCUCUUGCCUCAAGCUGAGAUAUGCUGACCAGCGCCUCUCUUCAGACUGUGAAGACCAGAUCCGGAUUAUUAUCCAGGAGUCAGCUCUGGAUUACCGACUCGAUCCUCAGCUUCAGCUACACUGCUCAGAUGAGAUCUCCAAUCUAUGUGCCGAGGAAGCAGCAGCCCAGGAGCAGACAGGUCAAGUAGAGGAGUGUCUCAAGGUUAACCUGCUCAAAAUCAAAACAGAAAUGUGUAAAAAGGAAGUGUUAAACAUGCUGAAGGAAAGCAAAGCAGACAUCUUUGUGGACCCAGUUCUUCAUACAGCUUGUGCCCUGGACAUCAAACACCACUGUGCUGCCAUAACCCCCGGCCGAGGACGUCAAAUGUCCUGCCUCAUGGAGGCCCUGGAAGAUAAGCGGGUGAGGUUACAGCCCGAGUGCAAAAAACGCCUCAACGACCGGAUUGAAAUGUGGAGUUACGCAGCAAAGGUGGCCCCGGCGGAUGGCUUCUCUGACCUCGCCAUGCAAGUGAUGACAUCCCCAUCAAAGAACUACAUUCUCUCUGUGAUCAGUGGGAGCAUCUGUAUAUUGUUCCUGAUCGGCCUGAUGUGUGGACGUAUCACCAAACGAGUGACACGCGAGCUCAAGGACAGGUAGAGCCACCUUGACCACCAAAGGAACUACCUGUCCUGUGCCCAAUUUGUACAGCCCUCCUGUAUAGCGUAUCCACUCCGUUCUUCUCAGAGGUGACACCAACACCCAUGUUAGAGCAGCAGGUAUGCACUGCAUUGUCCCAUCUCAGACUUCGCCCGUGUCCAUGGUGUCUCUCCCUUCGACCGUCUGUGCAGCAUCAGCAGCUGGCCACUCUGGUUAUCACCUUUGUUGGCAAACUUGGGUUUACCUGCCCGUAGAAAAGUCUCUCUCAUACCAAUGGAACUACCAGUACUUCCAGAACCAACUCACCUGACCUGCAACUCAAAUGAAUUUUUAGGAAAAAAAAAAAAACACCACCAAAAAAAAAAAGAAAGAAGUUUUUAAAGAAAGAAAAAAAAUGUAUAUAGUAACAUAUCUCCUUCAGGCUUGAUUUGGGCAAUGGGGUUAUUUCUUUCGUGUGACUGUGUAAACCGAAGGCAGGACAUUAGAGGGGAAACACACCACCCAAUAUGCUAUACCUGGGAUAUCGUGCUCAUUUCUCAAAAGCACCUUUGGGCCAUGCCGUGCCAUGGACUUCACCGAGUACUGGGGAACCACUCACCAGCCUGCUUUGGGUCCUCUUUUCUUCUGCUGAAACAGUGAUGCCUUCUAGUUCCUACCCUAAUAGAGCCACUGCUGGUUAAGACCCCAAGGCCAUGGGUAUUUCUAUGAUCUCCUGACCUCAGUGAAAUUAAGCAUGAGCCUCCUUAGGCCAAGGGCAAAUGGGUUGGGGAGGAGAACCAAAAGUGUGUGACGCUGGUCAGUCCACUGAUCUGCAUUGAGAGGCUGGACCCUGAGUCCCCGGACAGCAGGAUCCCAGUGAUCGUCGUCCUCCAGGCUAGUGCCGGGCUCAGUGGCGUUGGGAAUGACCCUGCGGGGUUAGCAGUUGCUCCCGAAGUCCUGCCAGGAGGCAGUGACCGCCGGGAAGGGGGCUCAGGGCAGGAGGGAGGAGCAAGGGAUUGAUUCACUUUGCUUUAUUUUUCAGGCAACAGUGCAGGUCAGAGACAAUGGCUUAUAAAGAUGUAGCAUGGUCUCAGGGUGUGAUUGACAGUCCAACCUGACCUUUCUGCAGGCUCAAGGUCACCUUCCCAGACAAGCUCCUUUAUGCCUCUACGUGGAGAGGUCAUGGAAAGUUACCACAUUAAAAAUGGAGGGUUUUCUCCUUUUUUUUUUUCUUUCUGUCCGUGUGCUUCAUAUACCCACUGCAGGAGGCAUUAGCUAAAUGUUGUACUUUGGUGAUUCAUCAAUCUUUCCAGAGUCUGAGCUAAAUGGAAGCAACAUUCCUGGCAGCCCUCCCUCAGCCCUCCCGUAUGGAGGUGACAGGUUUGGAGUGUGAAGAGGGAGGAAUGCAGGCACCCUGGUUCUACCUGGCACACCUUGUUUUGAGUUUGGGGCAUGGAGUCACAGUGGCCGCACAAGAGGGCGGUGUGUACAGUAGGAGAUAUAUUUAUAUAAUAUAUAUUUUAUUAACCUGUUAGAUGUCCACAAAGUAUUAUAAAUCACGUGCCUAAAACUGUCUGCAUAGACCAUGGCUCCCUUCCUCGCCCUGCCCCUCCUUUGCCACCGUCCUUGUGUGCCGCCGGACCUACGCAGUGUUUUUCUUUCCUGAAAUGUGUUCAAUACAAAGUGGGUCAGUUUGUGGAUCACUUGAUCCAAAUUACUCCUUGUCUAACCUGACUGAUGUAUAUUUGAAUACUGUGGUUUUCUUUUUCUUUCCUUUCUCCUUGCUACCCUUCCUGGAAGCAGUGGGUUCCAGAAGCCAGCUGUGUAUCCCCCCUGCCUAGAGUACUGCAAGCCACCAAGGGGAGCUACUAAGUUGCUUGGUCCCCUCAGGCCUGCUCUUAGGGUCUUCCUGAUUCUCAGCAGCUGUCCUGGGAUUCCUCAGUCUCAUAAAACUUGAAACUCUUGGAGUCUGAGCAACACCCCCUACCACCACCACUGUUGGGACUGAAUUGAGCUGGUCCAGACGGUCUACCUCCAGGGGCUCCCACCUGGAUGGUGGGAACUGCUGAGGCAUGGGAUCGAGCAGCAGGGAUGUUCUCUAAACACAGGCCCCCACUGGAGUGUCUAGUGUGGUUUACAGGAUAGGAUUAAUGUUCAUCCUUUGCGGGUGGGAGUGGGGGUGAUACCUUCUCGUCUCUGCAGUCUCCCUCUAAUAUAGGUAAGAGUUUUCCAUAGUUUAAUGUGUCUCAAUAUUUCUGUUCUUUCUGAACUGAGAGACGAUCUCAUUCAUUGUCUGCAGCAGGUCUGAAAGUUUGCAAAGGAGUUUGAUUCUUGAAACAUUUGUCACCUUUAGAAAUGGUCAGAAUAGAAAGGAUAACUGCCAGUAUCUUCAAUUGCGUGUUGCAAGAAAGCAUUUCCCCAUCCUACUUGGAAUAGUUUUAUGGGACUGAUUUUUGAGAGUCCAAGCAGUGUCCCAAGCCAUUUCCUACGUCCAAGGGUUCUGAACCUGUAGCCCACUGGAUCUAUUCUGUACUGCAUUUGGUAUAACAAAGCCAAAUGGUCUGGGGCACCUCUGAUUAUAGGCCUCACGGUUCAGCCAUGAGUAAAUCAAUAGUCAAAAACUAGUCAAGAAGAAGAAACCACGGCCCAAGUGGAGGAGCUGAUGACAGAUUUUGGCAUUUAUCCCCCGAUGUCUAGCCCAUGAACAAUAACAUAAGCAGCAGGUAGAGGUUUCUACCAGGGCCAAGGCUCCAGGCACUUGCUGAAAAUCACAGUAGCCAGGUGACUCCCCUGGCCUUGUUAACUCACCCCAGUGUCUCAGGGACUCAUUCCAGAGGCACCAGGAGGCCAGUCUCCUGGGCUGGAGGCACUGCACAGAGGAAAUCAGCCCUGGGCCAAAUGUCAAGGACAAGACCGACUACUUCCUCUACUAGAGCAUCUCCCACAGAUGGAGGCCCUGGGAGUGAGACUUGACCCUGGUGCAUCCCUGGCCUUCCUCCACUGUCGCUGCUGUCCCAAGAGAAGCCUGCUGCCAAGAUGCGCCAAGAUGGGGCCAUAGCAAAGGCGGGGGUCCUCUGCAUUCCCUGGAGGCCCUCUGCCAGCUCUGGGAAUCCAGCCAGCUCGUUCUGAGCCAGUGCAUCCUUAGGAACUAGGGGAAUUCUAGUUACUAUUUAGUGAGCAGGUGUUGACUUGAAUUCACUGCAGGCCUUUGGUGAUCUCACAUCCUGCACUUACUCUUCUGGGGGGCAGCAAGCAGUUCUGCCAGUGGGGAGGGGGCAAUUCUGCUUUCCUAGAAGAUGCGACAGAAAAUUACUGUUAGGUCUCAUCUCUUCCCAUCUCCUGAGAUCACGUAAUAGAAGAAUCCAGUGGUAAAGAGGCCUGUAGCAUCCAUUUACAUUUUAUUGGACAAAGUGGAAAGGGAGUUAUAUGCUGGCUUCCCCUGCCUUCCCAAGAGAAGAGUCAUUCUCCUAUAUGAAUGUGAGCUCUAGAAAUGUCUCCUGUCUUCCCCACCCCCAGGCUGUGAUCCUGCUUGUAGCCCAGAGAUCCCCUCUAUAGUGAGUCAUUGGGGAGAAUGAGAUUGCUUCAUGGGGCCUCCUUUCUUAGCUGGCCUCAAGCUGCUCUGAGAAGCCCUGCACUUCCCCUUCCUUCCCUCUCCCCACCAUAAAAUGAAUGUUCUCCACAUAUAACUUAUUCUAAGUAAGAAGAUACAGAGAAGGGAGCUAGAAUAGGGACCCUUGAUAGCCAGCCAGCCCAGCCUGACACAUUCAACCUAAAUUUUGGCAACAGAACAAAAAGAAGAAUAUGGCGUUUUGAAUGAUGUGCAUUUUGGUAUGUUUACUUGUAUUUCGGAUUCUCGUGAAUGUGAAAAACCUCAAAAAUCCCUUUUGUUUCUCACCCUUUGGACAGCACCUAAGUGGUUUUGUAAAACAGCACUCCCAUGCCCUGGGUUUCUCCUGGACCUUUAGGGACACUCCUCGCCCGGGUCACCUCCUCCACGCUGCUCUUUGAUCCCCAGAGGGCCUGGGGCCAGAGCUGAUGUCUGGCCUGCUUCGCUCGCGCACUUGUGUUUGGUUGGUCGCCCCUCUCCACUCCUCUCGGUCCUCCUCUCCACUAGGACCAGAGUCCCAUGUUGGGGCAGUCAGGUUUAAAGCCGAAUCCCCUUUCCUACCCAGACUUCAGACAGCAGAGACUCAGUAACUAACCCAGACCAGCUCUUCAGAGUGACCGGUUCCCCCAAGCCAUCGAGUAGAUCCCCACAGAGACCCAUUGGGAGCACAAAUGUGGGACGGUCUGCUCAGGCUGGAGGUGACAGGCUCCUCACAGUGGCUUCCUCUCCUUCCCCAUCCCACGUUCCACCACAGUGCACAGGCAGGGACGUUGGAAAACGUGCAGUGGAGAAAUCUCCCUGGGCAAGGAGAAACCUCAGAGAGUGCCUCUAUAUUCUGUUUUUGCCUUCCCCACAGAGAAUUGACACGUGGACCCAGAGCCCAGCAGGCCCUACGCCAGACGUGCUAGGUCUGGGUGGUUGGAACAGGUCUCCCGGUCAGACUGCAGUGCGCUGGGUGGAGCAGCUUCUCCCAGCUCAGCGUUCCCAGGUCAGCCUGAGAAGGAAAACAGACUGCGCAGCAAAUGCUGUGUGAGAUCUUAGGCCUUUCACUUUUUUUUAAGACAGAAAGAAAAACUUUAAAUUAGCAAGCCUCUUUUGUAAAUGGUUUUCCUUUCUAUGUAUAAAGUCCCGGCAGUUCCUUGUUUUUACAUGUUCAUGCUGUGUAAUUUUGAGCUGUUAACUGAGAUUCUGAACAUAAUGUGCUUUUUUUUUUUCUGUACAGAUGAAAUGGGAGAAUUUAAUAAAGAGUUUGCAGGUUUUUACUUGUUAAA